CUUAUGAAUAUCACACACUAUUUAUUAUAUUCGGCUCAUUUUCUCCAUCGACAAGCCGCAACAGUGUCGUCCUACCCCUUUCCCGCUCAAUCGGUGCGCCUCCUCUUCGUCACAACACUCAAUAGUUUCUAAAAUGGCUGAAGAGGAUUUUGAUGAACAAGAUACAAAUGAAAUUCCCGAGGAUUUAAAUACCCUUGAGAUUGAUGAAAUGCCUGAGGAACUGAGAUCACCUGAAACACACGAACAUGGAGAGAAAUUUGAAGUUGAGGAAAGGAAAUGGCCUGGAUGGCCUGGAGAGAAUGUUUUCAGGUUGUUGAUUCCAGCAAACAAGGUUGGUGGUAUUAUUGGCAGGAAGGGUGACAUCAUAAAGAAAAUCUGUGAGGAAACAAAGGCUCGUAUCAAGAUACUUGAUUGCCCAUCAGGCACGAUGGAAAGAGCUGUAUUGAUUUCUGCAAAGGAAGAGCCAAAUCUCCCUCUAUCUCCUGCUAUGGAAGGUUUGUUGGCGGUUCAUGCACGCAUUGUUGAUCUCGAAAGUGAUCAACCUCAGAUUCUUCCUGGGAAACUUUCCACCAGGCUUCUAGUGGCAGCUAUGCAAGCUGGAAGCUUGAUUGGAAAGCAAGGUGGUACCAUAAAAUCUAUACAGGAUGGCUCUGAUUGCAUAAUUCGUGUUCUUGGAGGAGACAACCUGCCACCUUUUGCUUUAUCAGAUGACAGUGUUGUUGAGAUACAAGGGGAUCCCCAAAAUGUCCAUAAAGCAAUUGAACUGAUCAUAACCCAUCUCAGAAAAUUUUUGGUUGAUAGGAGCAUUGUUCAGGUGUUUGAAAUGCAAAUGCAAUUGCCAAAUGCUGGAGCUUCCCAGAAUGUGCCCCCACCUUGGAGAAUGUCACCUCAAGAUUAUCCAAUGAAUGCUGAUUCUAGACAUGGUUAUAUACCUAGCCAUCAGCCUUACAGGCCACCUCCAAAUCAAUAUGACAAUUAUUAUCCUCCAGCAGAUAUGCCUCCCACUGACAAUCGACAGGGUCCGCCGUCUUAUGGAAGAGAUGGACCUUUGGGACUUAGCACACCAAGUACACAGCCUCAACAAUCAGUUGUUGCGAAGGUAGCACAGACCAUGCAAAUUCCAUUAUCAUAUGCAGAUGCUGUAAUUGGGAACUCAGGAGCGACUAUUAGUUACAUUCGUCGUGCUAGUGGAGCAACAAUUGCUAUACAGGAAACAAAGGGUGUGCCUGGGGAGAUGACUGUCGAAAUCAACGGAUCUACAUCCCAAGUGCAGGCUGCUCAACAAUUGAUACAUAAUGUGAUUGCGGAAGUUGCUGCUGCAGAACCACAGAAUCCAGCAGGUGCUCCAACUGGUCAAGGUUACAAUGGUUAUCCAAAUUAUGAUCAUAACUAUGGACCUUCAUCAAAUGCAGGUCAUCCUCCUCCUGCAGAAUAUGGCUCUGUUUAUGGAACCGAUUAUGGGUACUAGUUAGCUAUCAAACCAUUCGGAUCCAUAUACCAUUAUUUUCGUGUAAAACAGCUUCUGCUCUGAUGUUGGGUCGUUGCUGACUGUAGGAAUUCAUGUUUGAUAUAGAACCGAAACUUUUUAUGUGCACAUUAAUAGUUUGCAAUAGUGUUUGUCAA